UACGAACGAUCCCAUCUGUCAUUGAAAGUUUAGUAAUCGUCAGUUUUGUGCAUUCACAUUUUUACACAAAAUUAUUAUAAUGUGCGUUUUUCAUCCGUGAGCUAAAUUUUAAGCGUAAACCCGACAACGAAGUUUUGUUUGUGCUAUGUUUUUUAGUGUUAUUCGUAAUCAAAAAGAGUUUUUACAUUCAGAAAAAUCAAACGCAAAAUAUGGAACAAGACGACGAGAUCAAAUCCGGUUGUUUAUUAUUUCCGCCUGCCGGAGGGAAUAUGUUUAGUAAAUUUCCCAAAAAGAAAAACUGGCAACAAAAACAUUGUAUACUCUUCACUGCCAGCAAACAAGGCAUUGAGCGUCUUGAAAUAUUUGACAACAAAGAUGAUGUUGCUUCUGGUGCUAUACCCAAAAUAAUUACUCUCGAAAAUUGUAUAAAAAUAACACAUUCUAGUCCAAACACUAUUACAAUACUUACUAAGUCACACACCCAGCAGUUGAGCACACAGUCAGAAGCAGAAACAUUGGAAUGGGUAACUGCUCUACAAUCAGUGGCUUUCAAAGACAAGGAUUCUAAUCCUUUCAGCUGUGACGAAGACAAUGAUCUGUACUGUUCUUCAGGAGAGGGAGUAUUCUCAGUCAAAAUGUGCCCCUCCGAAGCCUCAACUAGAUGUGGUUUUGAACCAAUCAGAUAUCUUCUUUUGCUCACAUCUACUGCCAUAGAAUUAAGAGGUCAGAAUGAUGACAAAGUGUAUGCCACUUGGCCAUACAGGUUUAUUAGACGUUAUGGUUACAGACAGGGUAAAUUUACUUUUGAAGCAGGGCGGAAAUGUGAUACAGGUGAAGGCAUCUUCCAUUUAGAACACCCGAACCAAUCAGAAAUCUUCAAGUGCUUGUCAUUAAAAAUGAAAACAAUGAAGCAAAUGAUUGGCAAUGACAACCUGAACAGUCCUGAACACAGUGAAUUUAAUAUUCAGUCAAGUGCCAAUUUGUUUCCAGGCUCUAGAAGUCCUUUAGUUGCUGCUAGGCCUGAUGAUUUGAACUUGAGUUCACUGUCAUUCAAGACUACUUCUGUAUCAAGCCAACAGAGUUCAUGCUCAGAAAGGGACACUGCACCUUUACUGAUGCCUAAACCAGCACUGAAACCUAAACCACUUAAGCCACCUCGGAAAAUUAUCAAUCUUCCUAAGAAGCAAGAGAUUCCAAUUUCCAAUGAGGAAACCUCAGAUUUUGCAAGAUUUAAAAAGCUUGAUAACUAUGAACCAAUUGAUCAGGGGAAAAGAGAACACAGUCCCCCUAAUCAGUCAGUGCCAUAUGAUAGUGUGGAGGUAAGAUCUGAAGCAUGGAAAACAUUGGGAAUAGAUGAACCUGAACAUACAGAGUUCACUCCUAACUUGGGCGAUAAUCCAAACUGUAUAAAACUUAUUUCUCGAUCUCAAGAUAACUUAAACACCAGUGGCCCAGAAUCAUCAAGAAUUAUUCUGCUUCCAAGUCCUGUAGUUGAUCCUGAAGAUGAAAAUUAUGACAGAUUGGCAUAUUUUGGAUCAACAAGCAAAUUGAACAAAUCCUCACGAUAUAAAAAGAUUGAAGCGCGCCCUACGACUUUGGCCCUUGGUGAGCCAAAGAGUAAAGACACUUGGAAUGAUUAUGAUGAGGUUGAAAAUGUUAUGCAAACAGCCAGAUUGGCAGAUGAUUCUCAUUUAGGAUAUGGCAUGAUAAGGAAACCUAACACCCCAGGGCCCCAAGUACCCACUGCUGCCCAAGUGCAAGCACUCCAGAACCAAGUUGGCUUGGAAGAUGUUGCUCAUAACAUGUGCAAUGGGACAGAUUAUGCUAUUGUAAGCCGUCCAAAAAGAGUAUAACACAUUAUAAUUAUAACAAGAAAAAUAUAAUAUUUAAGACUGAAAUUUUGUCAGUGAUUGUUUACUCAAUUACUUUAUUAUUAGGCAUUACAUUUAAAAUGAUAUUUUUCGCAAGAUGAAAUAUUACUACCACCAAAAUGUCUUAACACUCUUGAGACACAGAAUGUUAUGUAGACAGUGUACACUACAUACUUUAUUUAGAGUUAAUCUACAUUAUAAUCCCAGAGAAGACUACUUAUUAAUAUCAUUUUUAAAAGUAUGUUUUGUGUAUUUUGUAAGACAAAAUCCCACAUAAUAAUUACUGUUGCAUUCCUUACUACAUUCUUUUUAUAUUGUUAAGAUUUUUGUACAUUAAUUUUUGUAUAAUUUAAUUAUUAUCGCACAAAUAAUACUUAGUAUAUUAAUUGUAAGAGAUUAUGAAAAUGUAUUACAUAAUGUGAUUAAUUGUGCCUUAUUUUUAUAGAGUAUUUUUCAGAAAUGAUUACCAACUGGUGCCAAUUAAAAAAUAUUUUUGUGUAACUUUUUAUCUGAUGAAUUUUUAUAAAGUAUUAAGUGUAAGAUCUAUGUUUAACUUUAGGGGUGGGGCAGCAUUCAUACAUUUUACUUUAUGGUUGAUUGAAUUGGUCAUAAACUUUCUUGUCAUACUUUUUUUUUCAUCCACACAAUAUUUGUAAUCUCAGUCUAAAAUAUUUUUCUAUGAUCUUUUUAAUAAUAGAUAUGAAAUGUUGCCCUACUAUGUAUAAGGACCUGUUUCGAUUUUAUAUUUUUAGGUUGGCCAUAUUCGAUUUGUAAUCUCUUGUAAUAUGGAUUGAGAAUAAAUCAUAUAAUCUUUUUA